AUAUAUACAAUGAGGGUUCUAUUGCUCUCUAUUCUGACAUUAAUCCUUUCGUUUUCAAUAUCAAGGACAACUUGCGAUCCAAUUCUCAAUGACUUUGUCCACUGCCUUGCAAAUCAUUCCCAAUACUCCACCUCCCCAAUCCCUGAAGCCAUUUUCACAUACCAAAACAACUCUUUUCAAUCUGCUCUCUUGGCAUACAUUAGAAACCGCAGAUAUUCCACACCCACAACACCAAAACCUUUGGCGAUUGUUGCAGCCAAGCAUGAAUCUCAUGUCCAAUCGACUGUCAUUUGUGCACGACAACAUGGAUUUCAAAUAAGAACCCGAAGCGGUGGCCAUGAUUUUGAGGGUCUAUCGUAUGUGUCAAGUAUCACCCCCUUUGUCAUGCUUGACAUGUCUAAUCUCAGAUCCGUCGAUAUAAACUUAACAGACGAGAGUGCUUGGGUCGAAUCUGGAGCAACUCUUGGCGAAUUGUAUUUCAAUAUUGGCAACAAAAGCAAUGUUCAUGGGUUUCCUGCUGGAGUUUGCCAUACUGUUGGUAUUGGUGGCCAUCUUAGUGGUGGUGGUUAUGGCCCUUUGAUGAGAAAAUAUGGACUCACAGUGGAUAAUGUUGUCGAUGCUAAGCUAGUUGAUGUGAACGGUAUGAUCAUUGAUAGAAAAUUAAUGGGAGAAGACCAUUUCUGGGCCAUUAGAGGAGGUGGUGGAGCAAGCUUUGGAGUCAUUCUUGCAUGGAAGAUCAAACUGGUUCAUGUUCCAGCCAGAGUGACUGUGUUCAAUGUUAAACGAAACUUGGAACAAGGCGCUAUGGAUAUAGUCUAUCGGUGGCAAUCCGUAGCGCCUCAGCUCCCUAAAAGGAUCUUCGUUAGAGCAAUGCUUCAAGUGCAGAAAAAUAGUACUUCAGGUAAGUUGGCGAUAGAAGUGUCAUUCAUUUGUCAUUAUUUGGGAGGUAGUAAAAAGCUUCUUUCAUUGAUCAAUCACAGAUUUCCAGAAUUGGAUCUGCAGAAAAAUGAUUGCUCUGAAAUGAGUUGGGUAGAAUCCACUGUGUUCUGGGGUAAUCACCCAGUUGGAACUCCCAUAGGUGUUCUGCUCGAUAGGCCAAUGGGGCCACCAGAUUUCUUCAAGAGCAAGUCAGACUAUGUGAAAGAGCCGAUUCCAAAACAUGGAAUAGAAUCCAUACUGGACUUGAUGCUAAAGUCUGGUCUGGAUAAACUCUACAUGGAAUGGAACCCUUAUGGUGGAAGAAUGAGCGAGAUAUCGGAGUCGGAAACUCCAUUCCCUCACAGGGAUGGAAACUUGUUUUUGAUCCAGUAUUUAGGAUAUUGGAAAGAAGACAAGGUUGAGACAGCCCGCCGCUACCUCGACUUGAUUAGCAAAAUGUAUCAAGAGAUGACUCCAUUUGUGUCAAAGAACCCAAGAGAGGCGUUCCUAAAUUAUAGGGAUCUUGACCUUGGCGCCAAUACGGGUAAUAGUCAGACUAAAGUCGAAACUGCUAGGGUUUAUGGAAGCAUGUACUUUAAAGAUAAUUUUGAUAGAGUGGUCCGAGUGAAAACUGAGGUUGAUCCUCAUAACUUUUUCAAGAAUGAACAGAGUAUUCCACCACUUUCGAGGGGAUAA